AUGCAACUCCAGUACCUCCUCCCCGCCGCCUUCUUCGCCGCCUCAACCAUAGCCGCAAAAUUCAACGGCUUCUCCGACAUCGCCUGCCAACAAUACGACGGCACCUACAUCCCCAUGACAGCAACCCAACUGCAAGACAUCGUCGUCAAGUCCUGGGCAACCACGCAAGAAAUUCCCGAAGCAUCGCGCUCCUUCACCGCGCCUGAUGACAGGAAGCUCUGCCCUUCGAACUCGGAUGAUACGUACAAAUGGUGGGGGCAGGGUAGCAAGUGGCCCGCUGGUAAUGGUGGUGCGCUGGCGGUGGUUUACUACAAGGAGACUGAUACGUACAAUGUGUGCCGUUAUCUUGCUGCUGCUCAAGCGGAUGGGUAUAAGGGUGCUUGCAAGUAG